AUGCGAGUGAUCGACAAGAACCCUUUCCGUAAGUAUCGAGGGAAGUGUGAGUGGGUCCCAUUUGGCAACAAAACAUUAGGUGGCUGGCAUCUACGGUUACGACGAGCAGCCGGCAUUACGUCGUUUUACUCGCUACAGCCAUUCGAUGAUGGAAACAUCGACAUCGGCGCCAGCGCCACAGCCUUCACUGCCACCGCCGCUAUCGCCGUCACCACCGACGUCAACGACGUUCUCGAAAAGUUAUGGAACAGCUGUCCGGAUCUCGAAAUGGCCACUGCUUUGCCGUCGUCGUCCGACAACCGGGGUCAACGACGGCGAAAUCGACGGGCUAAGGAGAAGAUGAAGGAGGCGUGUUGGAGAAGGAAACCGCUUGAGACAAACGCAUUCUUGCUACAGGAAUGGGCCCUUGACGACGUGCUGCUUUGGCUUCAAGCAUGUAAUCUGGACGAUGUGGCUUCGUUAUUCAUUGGCUACGAUCUCAGAGGGACAGACCUACUGUCGUGGGACCAUCAUUGUCUCUGUAAGUUUGUUGGAAUGGUUCUCAUUACUACUUCUGACGACGCAGGAACGACUCAUCUCGGUGUAACAAGUGCGUCUAUUCGUGAGAAAAUUCUCGACGAGUUGGCGACAAUUCGAGAACGAGGUCCAGAUGACAUGAGAGAAACUGAGAAGAGGACCGGGCAUCGAGCAUUGUUCGACAUAGUUAAGCAAAGCUCCUAUGAUCAGGUGUUAGCCGUGGAAACUCCGUUGACCACUUGUGACAUUAUCGUCACUCACGGGAGACUCGGUUAUCUCCAGAUCACAAAAGUAAACGGGGUGAAUCUUCCUCUGAGAGAAAAUGACUGUCUUCUUGAGAUCAAUGAUUGUCCUGGUGAACAAUUCAAAUCGGCGUUGAUGUUGACGAAAUUGAUCAGUGAUGCGAACGGUGUUCCGAUUCGUUUCGUUGUACUUCGUAUGAAGGCUGUCGAUCGGGUAGAGAAUGGCUCGGUAUUCUUGGGAUUUUCACGAAAUGGAAUGCACACAGAGCGCCGUAUUGGCGAUGGGUUCGCGAAUGAGGUGGACGUAGAACAUGUCCACAUAGACAAGGUACACAAGUAG